UUUAAAACGCAUUGGAAAUUCCUUUCAAUUUCUGCCGUGAAAUGGAGAAACAAACAGAGAGUCGUGCAAGACAAUCUCGCGGGCAGCGGGACACUUGGGAUCAACGCUGUGGUGUGCUCGUUUAUUGCAAACCUCCAAGAGGUAACAAUGAGAACAAAGAUACACAGGGACAGUGACGUACAGAACUCUCACCACCAAUAACUGUACAACGCGAAUUAAAUGUAUUAUAUUUAUGACGUAUGUUUUUAGUUUUUUAUUAAUUACAUUUUUUGGUGGUUAUGAUGAGCUAUUUUCGAUUUUUAUGUAAAUCGUUUUUUCAGAGCUUUCGAUUUUUAUGUACUGUAUGAAAUUGUUGUUUUCUGUUACUGUACUUUACAAAAUGCUUGUUUUUUUCUGUCACAAAGGAACUGUACAGUACCACACUUUGUACCUUAUUUCCUUUGUUGUCUUCCACAACGAAAUCCCUGUGGUCACGGACACAUUCUUCUGGGAUUUUUGUGUUUAGGUAUUUGUUUUACAUUUCGCCACAAUUUGCAAUUCUGUUUUAAAUCCUACGUAUCUUAACUGUAAUAUAGCUUUAAAUCCCGCGAACAAGCCUCCAGUCGAGAAAGUAUUCAGAACUAAUCAAUACAAGUUAGGAAAAGGUAGUUUGUUUUUGUUUUUAAUGUAUUAGGUUUUUGAGUUAUGUGAAUUGAGUAUAUUUCCAGUGUUUUUCUGGUGUUCAUUGUACACAGAUUUAUUUUAUUUUUUUUUGUAUCAGGGGUGUUUUAUCGGUUAAACCCUAAAAUCAGAAGCCGUAAUUAUAUUAUUAUAGUCAUUUAUAUUGUAAGUAUAUUAUUGUGUAUGUGUAUAAAUCUGUGUAUUAUGAAAGCAUAUAUUAAAAACAACAUGAACAUAUAAAUCUGAAUGCUAGGGGUACGCAGACAGGUCUGGAAGGGGGUACGCGGCAAUCAAAAGUUUGGGAACCUCUGCUCUAGGACCUGGAAUUGGAUUAAGUGAAGGGAUUGGAUUGGAUUGCUGUUAUAAUUUCUAUACUCAAAUAUCACCCGCUAUUACAAGUUUAGGUGAUGCUUAAGUGAGAGUGACAGAUGUCUGAAUGCAAGUACUGUGCAUUCUGUUGGUGAUGAUUAGACCUUUGCCAUUGUGAUGUAAAUCUGUGAAUGAUUUAGAGUUAUUAUGUUGUUAGAGGAUUAUAGGCCACUGAAAAAUUAGAAACAUGUAAGUUUUAAAAAAGCUACUAUAAAAAACAUUAUCUUUUUAUUUAUUGUAAAUCUUCAGAUAUAAAAUCGAUGAUGUGGACGAGAAGAGCACAGUAUUCCAGUACUCUGGUAGCACAUUGUUUGAACAUUGUGUGUAUCCAAAGGGAUGGCGAAACAUUUCAUUUUUGAUAAUUAUUUGAAUAUGAAAGGAUGCUUAAAGUUCACUUUUACUAGCUUUCCCACAUUUUUUCCCUGGAAUUUCAACUUCGUAAUGUCUUUUAUUUAAGCUGCUUCUAUAGAACAUUCUUUGUGGCAGACUUCAAUGACAUCCCAUGGGGGAUUCACCUCUCAGCAGUGCUGUGAAGGAUGGCCUCGGGGGUGCUGUGCCAGAGACUCUCUUUGCGGGGGAUGCGCAGGUUUGCCGCGGUGUCCUGGAGAGCAAGAGGUGAAGAGACAACGGGCGGCCCUGUCCAGAUGAGCAGUAACCAUAGCAAUGAGGAUCAGGAGGACGGACAGAAUCCUGACGCUGUGCUGCCCAACUUACCGGGGUACACGGUGCCCUACAACCCCUCCGCAUACUGCCAAACACGCCGGAGCCAGGUGGUAACAACACAUAGACCCAGUGCUGCGGAUGAGGAUGAGCCCCCUGAAGGCAAGCCCCUGGCCUCGGGCUCAAAGCAGCAGCAGCUACAGCAGCAGCAGACGAGAAACACCUACACUGUGUCCUGCUCUCGACGGCUCUCCAGUGCAAAGAACACGCUCCUGGACCUCGCUUUCGGGAAGGCUGGUGAGAAUAAGCAGGGAGCGGCCGGGCGCAAGGCAGGCGGCUUCGGGGGCACAGAGGACAGAGAGGCGCUGUAUGACAGCAAAGAAGAUCCCAGGGCUUUCCAGAAACUGAGGGAGGAGUACAGAGCUCUCUGUCACAACCUCUCAGAGCCGCCCAAACCAGUUUCUACAGAGGAGGGCUUCCUGGUCCUGCAUAAAGUCACCGUGCUGAAAGGGACUCUCAGUCCUCAGUCAAUCAGUGAGUUUUUUGAGAAGCUGGGCCAGAUUCCCACAGAGCAGCAGGUGCUGGUGAAGUCAGACACUCGGUUUGCCAUGCUGUGCCGCUAUGCUGUGGAGAACCUGCGUCUGUUCACCUCCCCUCAGCUAAUAGACGUGCUGAGAGCCUUUGUAAGGCUGGGGAUUCCCCCCACACACAGCAUACUGAAUGUGUUCGAUUCAGAGCUUUGCAGACGGGUCUGGGAUCUAGACUCCACUCAGGUUCUGCUGGUGGGGGACCUGUGGCGAUGUCUGGGUCGGGCUGUGCCACAGUACUUGGACCUUGCCUACAGCAGGCUAGGACUGCGGUGCAGAGAGCUGACCCUGCCACAGCUUGUACAACUGGUUUACCUCAUAGGGGAGGGCAGGAGAGCCCCACAGGAGCUAAUGCAGAACCUGGAGGUCCUGGUUCUGAGGUUCUUGGAUCAGACGACUCCUGAGGAGCUGGGAGCACUGUGUCUGGGCUUCUUCAAAUCCAAGAGUGGGCUCUCUGAGCAGGCCAUGCGCAGGAUUGGGGACAGAGCUGAGGUCGUGCUGGAGGAGAUGAGCAGCUAUGCUGUGGUGAACGUGCUCAAGAUGCUCCGAUACAGCCAUGUGGAUCACGUGGGAUUCCUGAGGAGACUGGGAGAGGUGGUCCCUGAGAGAGCCCCCUCGAUGGGAGCUCAGGGACUCAUGCACAUUGCCUUGGCCUGCUCCUCCUUGCACUAUCUCGACGAGAGGAUCUUUGAAGCCAUAGCUGCUGAGGUGCCUGUUAAAGCUGCUCACUGCCGUAGCAAAGACACUGCCAAGUUGCUCUGGGCCUUUUCCUCCCUGAGCUACCAGCCCAGCAAUGCGGAAUCCUUUUUCUCCAGCCUCACGCAGCAGAUGCGUGUGAAAAGCGCUGAGUUUGAAAGGUACCCUGAACACCUCCUAACUGGGCUUCUCGCGCUUGCUUUCGCUGGCCGCUUCCCACAUGACCUCAUAAACCUUGCCCUGAGUCCUGGCUUUGUGAAACUAGCUGCUGAGUCCACCCAGCUAGAGCUGAAGAAGGACCUCUUCACCCUGGAUGGCACAGUGGAGCUGGAGCUGCCUGGAUAUGCUGGCUCCCGUCUUCCAGAGGGAAUUUGCACAGAGGUGACCGAGAUGCUGUGGGGAUUUGCCAGCCAGGACGUGUGCCAGAAAGCAGAAGUGCGAGAGGCUGAGACCCUGCUGCAGUCCAUGCUGGGGGGCCCUCAGUACGUGAAAAACUACAUGAUCCUGCCACACAUGAGGUCCAGUGACCUGGAGAUCCACCUGGACUCCGCAGGCAGAGCCCUGCCCUUCAACACACAGCCUGCCGCAGCCCUGGACCUGGGUACACAGCGGGAGCAGAGCAUCAGGAAGUGGGAGAUGAAGCACGCAGGAGUGCCCCUCACUGAUGAUCUAGUGUCUCAGCUCCUGAAUGUGAAGAGCAGUAGAAGCACCCCGGAGCCUGCAGCUGAUGAGGGCGGUGGCCCCAGGACUCCGACAGCAGAAGAGAGCAGGAGGGAGUUCUUCGGUGGUGUUGUCCUGACUGAGGGGCUCCUAGAUGCCAUGACAGGGUCCCCCUGCUCCAGACCCCCCCUCUCCCCUCCAGCAGAGCCCCCCUCUCCCCUUACCGGAGUGCGCAGACUGGCGGUCCAGGUCUCGAAUCGGAACCAGUUCUGCUACGGGUCCCGUCACCUCCUGGGGCUUCACGCCAUGAAGAGACGGCAGCUGAGCCGAGCCGGCUACACGGUGCUGGAGCUGCCCUUCUGGGAGUGGUUCCCUCUGCUCAGACGCACACGCUCUGAGAAACUCGCCUAUCUCCAUUGCAAGCUCUACGGGACCCUUGACUGAACAGGCACAAAAAGCACCUGCCUUCCAGGGUCAGGGAAUAAGCCAUUCCAGGGUUUACUCUGAUCAGAAUUCAAACAGCUGUGCUAUAGACAUGAUACUGACCUUCUCUGAUUUCAUAUACAGUGUAUAAGCUUCAUGUCUUUAUUUCAAAAUGAUGGCAAUAGAAAGGGGAUAUUGUAGCCAAUGCAUAUUCUGAGCUAAGUUUAGGAAUAAAGAACACGAUAUGUACCACAAAUCUGGCAUUUGUCAUUCAAAUGUGUUCAGAGUUUUAAAUGCUAAAUCUCUAAACUCUACAUUUUCAUCCUGUAACUGCCAUAAAUAAUGAAGAUAUAGUAUCAGUUAGGUUUCUUGGCCUGUGAAUUCUCUACCUCAUUAGGUGCAUUGGCAGGUUUGCAGGCACAAUACAUUUCAAGCUGUGGUUGGUUACAUUUUGAACACCUCAAACAUGCCUGUCUUUCACAAUCCUGAACUGGUUGUAGCCAAAUAGUUGCAAUUCAGCACUUUUCAUCUUUGGGUAUGAUUUUGGUAAAUUUGAUGGCAUUCUCAAACAAAGUCUUCACCAAAAUGAGUCCUGCAUAGAACCCUUGUUAUACAGCUAAAGGCAAAUAAAACCUGCAAAUUAAUGUUACGUUAACAUAUUGAAUUACAUACUGCUUUGUAGUUUUCCAUAUACUUAAUGAAAAACUGACAAAAAUUGAAACAUGAAAUACUGUAGUACUGUUAUGGCUUCCGGUAGACUUUUGUAAUAUCAUUUAGUGGUUUUAAUUGAUUACAUGAUGUUAAAUAAAAGUUCUAAAUUAUGUUCA